GUCCAGCAUCGCCCGACCAGCAUUGAGUGGGAUGGCUGCGAUCCACAGAAGCUUUACACCCUGGUUCUCACAGACCCAGAUGCUCCCAGUAGGAAGGACCCAAAGUUCAGGGAAUGGCAUCACUUCCUGGUGACCAACAUGAAAGGCAAUGAUGUGGGGAGCGGGACUGUGCUGUCUGAUUACGUUGGCUCUGGCCCUCCCAAAGGAACAGGUGGGGACCUGGCUCUGGGGGUGCCGGUGGCUGGCACCUGCUACCAGGCCGAGUGGGAUGACUACGUGCCCAAGCUCUACGAGCAGCUGUCGGGGAAAUAG